GGCGUUCUAGAUCAUUUUUUUUAUAAUUUGAUUUCUAUCUUAUAGGGCGGUCCGAAGAUCACAGCUGCAGGCAACUGAUUGAAAAUCAGCUCAACGGUCCAGUAGCAGAGAACUUACACGCUCGAUUCCCAACAUCUUCAACGGCGUAGGGAAGAUUCUUCGCCACAAGUCAUUAGAGACGAAGAGGCAGUGGAGACAAAAUGGCCAAUCUUACAUCGGACACGAUGUACAAUGAAGGCAACGGCUCCGACAUCUUUCUCACCCCAAUCCCCUUGUACAAGCACGACACCCCUGUUACCAUCGUCUUCAUCAUCUCCUAUCUCAUCAUCUUCUUGAUGUGCAUCGUCGGCAACGUCGGCGUCUGCACGGUGUUGGUGAAGAACCCGAAGAUGAGAACCGUCACCAACCUCUUCAUCCUGAACCUGGCCAUCAGCGACCUGUUGGUCGCUGUCUUCUGUAUGCCCUUCACCCUUGUGGACAACCUGCUGCACGGUAACCCUUUUGGAGACGUCAUCUGCAAGCUGCAGCCAUUGGUUCAGGGUAUCUCUGUCGGUGCCUCUAUCUUCUCGCUUACGGCCAUAGCGGUGGACAGGUUCCAGGUCAUCAUCAAUCCACGAAAGCCGAAGAUGUCAAGAUGUCGGUCUGUGCAGAUCAUCACUGCCAUCUGGGUGUUCAGCGCCCUCAUCAUGUGGCCACAGGCGUUGGUGAUCGAGAACAAAGAAGAGGUACUACCCGGCUACCAGAACCAGACCAUGCAGUUCUGCGAUGAGCAAUGGCCAUCUGUUGAGUACAACCAGGCCUACACAGUCAUGCUGUUUAUCGUCAUCUACAUCGGACCUCUGCUGAUUAACGUGUACCUGUACAUCCGGAUCUCCUUCCGCAUCUGGUACAAGCCCAACCCCGCUAUGGCCUCCAGCCGAUCAUCCAAGAUGUCCAACCUGACGCAGGUGUCCAAGAAGAGAGUCCGUGUGAUCAAAAUGCUGAUCACCGUCCUGGUGCUGUUCGCUGUGUGCUGGCUCCCCAUCCACGCCUGCCUCCUCAUCGACUCCUUCAAGCGCCACAAGAUGACCAUCUGGCAGCGCAGCUUUCUGUACGCCUACAUGUUCCCGAUAGCGCACUGGCUCCUCUACUUCAACAGCUCCAUCAACCCCAUCGUCUAUGGCUACUUCAACACCAACUUCAGACGCAGUUUCGAAAGUCUCUGCGGUGCCGCCUUUCCACUUGAAGACAGCGGCGGUACCAGUGGGAAGGAACUGAGAGGAAACGGCCGCCCGGCAAGUGGCCGUACCUAUAAAGUGAAAAUCGAGAUGGCGUCCACGGGAAACGGGUUGACACGGUCGCUUCGUACUGUCCAGCGCGACAGUCGGCGCAGAAAGUUUUCUCCCCCGAGCAAUAUGAACGGUAUCACCGGUAGCAAUGAGGCUGUCGAAGAGAUGUCGCAAGAGAAUGAAAUUGUCAACAUGACGGAGACGAGGAUGUAA